CCGCGCCGAGCCCGUCCCCGCGAGGCCGGCUCCCCGGGCGGCUCGGGUGACAGUGUCGCGGCCGCCGGGCAGAGCCGAGCGCCAGGCGCACGCCUCGGCAGAGACGCGGGGAAAAUGGCUGAUGACUUCGGCUUCUUCUCGUCGUCGGAGAGCGGGGCCCCCGAGGCGGCCGAGGAGGACCCGGCGGCCGCCUUCCUGGCCCAGCAGGAGAGCGAGAUCGCGGGCAUAGAGAAUGACGAGGGCUUCGGGGCUCCUGCCGGCGGCCAGGCGGCCCUCGCGCAGCCGGGACCAGCGAGCGGGGCUGGUUCUGAUGACCUGGGGACCACGAUCAAUGGAGAUGUGUUUCAGGAGGCUAACGGUCCAGCCGACAGCUACGCUGCGAUUGCCCAGGCUGACAGGCUGACACAGGAACCUGAGAGCAUCCGCAAAUGGAGGGAGGAGCAGAAGAAACGGCUGCAAGAGCUGGAUGCUGCCUCCAAGGUGAUGGAACAGGAGUGGCGGGAGAAGGCCAAGAAGGACCUGGAGGAGUGGAACCAGCGCCAGAGUGAACAAGUUGAGAAGAACAAGAUCAACAACCGGAUCGCUGACAAAGCAUUCUACCAGCAGCCAGAUGCUGAUAUCAUCGGCUACGUGGCAUCUGAGGAGGCUUUUGUGAAGGAAUCCAAGGAGGAGACCCCAGGCACAGAGUGGGAGAAGGUGGCCCAGCUGUGUGACUUCAACCCCAAGAGCAGCAAGCAGUGCAAAGAUGUGUCUCGCCUGCGCUCGGUGCUCAUGUCCCUGAAGCAGACGCCGCUGUCCCGCUAGGUGCCUGCCACAAAGCAUGGCCACAAAGCAUGGGCCGGGCAGAGGGGGAGCAGCUGCUUCGGCCAGGGUGGAAACUGCCUUCAGCGGCUGCUACACACAGCGUAUCCUGUUCCUCCCCGCCUCCCGGGCUGGGAAGGGGACCCCUCACUCCUCACCCCUCAUUUCCUCCUGGCCCUGUGGCCCAGCCCCUCACACCUCCUCUCAGUCCACAGAAUUGUGACUGUUCCUCUUGAUGUAUUUUUUCUUCUUGGCUUAAAGGGUGUGUUGUUAACUCUUUUUACACUUA